AUGGUAUUUGGGCUAAUCACCUUUUCGCCAGGAGGGGGAGCCGCGUCCUCUGCUUCCAGGAGGCAGUCCACCAAGGAGCCCAGCCUUCCUCGCGCAGAGGACGUCCUCACACGGCCCACUGCUGCCUCCGGAGCCACGGAGACCCGCGGACCUCAUCCGGGCGAUGCUGCCCACCACGGCCAGAGCAGCAGAGCAUCAGGGGCGGAGGCGUCGGACUCGCAACCGACCGUCGCGAUAGACACCGCGGACGCGACAACGGGUGAUGGUCGCAGCAGCGUCGCUCCAAUUUCCAGCAUGAAAUGCAACAAAAACGGAGAAUGCAGGAGGGACUCGGGCACCGGGAGCCUGCGCUCGAUCAUCUCCAAGCAGGAGAAGCAGAGCGGCGGCGGGACGGCGAGGGCCGAGGACGUGGGGAGCGCCAAGCGCGGAGCUUGUAAUUCGACCACCGCCAGCAUGGACGGCUCUAUCACACCAGGUGGGUCCCUCGCCGGGGGGCACGCAGGCGAGGGCGCUACCCCCGGAGCGAGCGGCAUGCCCGAGAAAAAGGAUCCCAAGGUGUCCUUCUCCAACGCACCGAGCCGGAAAGCCUCGUCGUCCCUGCACGGGUCAAGCCAGACCCCGCAGCCGAGGAACUCUGUCACUUUCCAGAAGCCGGAGGAUGGACCCCCAAUCGUCCCCGCCGAGGAUGCAGAAGCGCGAGGCAGCCAGGCCAGCUUCAUGCAGAGGCAGUUCAGUAGUAUGCUGCAGCCGGGAGUUAACAAAUUCUCCUUACGCAUGUACGGCAGCCAAAAGGCUGUGGAGAGGGAACAGGAGAGGGUCAAAUCAGCCGGGAAUUGGAUUAUCCACCCUUACAGUGAUUUCAGGUUCUACUGGGAUUUCACAAUGCUGCUGUUUAUGGUGGGCAACCUGAUCAUCAUCCCCGUGGGCAUCACCUUCUUCAAAGAGGAGACCACCACGCCCUGGAUCAUUUUCAACGUAGUCUCGGACACUUUCUUCCUUAUGGACCUGGUACUCAAUUUUCGCACAGGAAUCAUCAUCGAGGACAACUCGGACAUCAUUUUGGACCCUGAAACCAUCAAGAAAAAGUACCUUAAGACGUGGUUCAUCGUGGACUUCAUCUCAUCCAUCCCAGUGGAUUACAUAUUCUUAAUCGUGGAGAAAGGGAUCGAUUCCGAAGUAUACAAGACGGCUCGAGCCCUGAGGAUCGUCCGCUUCACCAAGAUCCUGAGUCUUCUUCGGCUGUUGAGGCUCUCUCGAUUAAUCCGCUACAUACACCAAUGGGAAGAGGUGAGCCUACAAAUCUUCCAUAUGACCUACGACCUGGCCAGUGCUGUGAUGCGGAUCAUCAAUCUGAUUGGAAUGAUGCUGCUGCUGUGUCAUUGGGACGGCUGCCUUCAGUUCCUAGUUCCCAUGCUGCAGGACUUCCCCUCUGACUGCUGGGUGUCCCUCAACAAAAUGGAGAAUGACACCUGGUCUGAGCUGUACUCCUUUGCCGUCUUCAAAGCGAUGAGCCACAUGCUGUGCAUCGGAUACGGCCGCCAAGCCCCGGAAAGUUUGUCAGAUAUCUGGCUCACCAUGCUGAGUAUGAUUGUGGGAGCCACUUGCUACGCUGUCUUUAUCGGCCAUGCAACAGCACUCAUCCAAUCCCUGGACUCCUCCAGACGACAAUAUCAAGAAAAGUACAAACAAGUGGAGCAGUACAUGUCAUUCCACAAAUUGCCUGCCGACUUCCGUCAGAAGAUCCAUGAUUAUUACGAGCACAGAUACCAGGGCAAGAUGUUUGACGAGGAGAGCAUUUUGGGAGAACUCAGCGAGCCCCUCCGAGAGGAAAUUGUCAACUUCAAUUGUCGCAAGCUGGUGGCUUCCAUGCCCCUGUUUGCCAACGCGGAGCCCAACUUCGUCACGGCCAUGUUGACGAAACUGCACUUUGAGGUUUUUCAGCCUCACGAUUACAUCAUACGGGAGGGCACCAUUGGGAAGAAAAUGUAUUUCAUCCAGCAUGGAGUGUGCAGCGUCAUCACCAAAGGCACACUUGCAAUGAAACUCUCUGAUGGCUCCUACUUUGGAGAGAUCUGUCUGUUGACGAGGGGUCGACGGACGGCCAGCGUCCGAGCAGAGACUUAUUGUCGACUCUAUUCUUUGUCUGUGGACGACUUCAAUGAGGUGCUGGAAGAAUAUCCCAUGAUGAGACGAGCCUUUGAGACGGUGGCUAUUGAUCGUUUGGAUCGCAUAGGGAAAAAGAAUUCCAUCCUGAUGCACAAAGUUCAGCACGAUCUCAACUCGGGCGUCUUCAACAACCGUGAGAAUGAGAUGAUCCAGGAGAUCGUCAAGUACGACCGCGAGAUGGUGAAGCUUGUGGACCUGCAACGGCCACGGGCAAUGUCGAUGACUCCUUCCAUUGGUGGUAUCUUCGCUCCCCCCGGCCAGUCACAGACAGGUUCCGCUAUCGCCACCCUCCAGCAGGCUGUGGCCAUGAGCUUCUGCCCUCAAAUGGCGAAUCCACUCGUGGGUCCAGGAACUUUACAAUCACCUCGAAUGGUGCGAAGGUUCCAGGUGAUGCAGAGCUUGCAAAGCCCGGUCUCCAUGUCUCCUCUUCAGUCGCAACCGCCUCAGACGUUCGGAGGAGCAUUUGGAUCUGCAAUCUCGAGCCCCCCCGUUCAAAGCCCCUUAGCGGCCUCAGGACGGACUUUCCAGUAUAUGGCCAGUGUGGGCCCCUCGGGUUCCCAGUUGUCCUUAGUACAGCACCACGUACCCAGUCCCACACAGACCCAGCAGAGGCCUGCCUCACACAAGAGCACCCACUCCCUUCACACGGGAAGCUUGAGCCAGGAUACUCGAGCACUGUCUGCCUCCCAGCCUUCACUCCCCCAGGAGGGUGGGCCGCAAACUGCGUCCGCGGUCGCCAGCCCACCUCCCUCGACACGCACGUCCAACACCUCCAUCGGACCCCCACACCCUAACCUGCCCGGGCCCUCUGGGGUGGGGAGAUCAGUGGGCACUCAACAGAGGGUAGCCUUCGCCUCCACACCUCCUCCCAGCGGUCCCGCUGCAACGGGGGCAGGAGCAGGAGCUGCUGGAUCAGGGCCCCCAGACUCUGGCGUUCCCAAGAAAGAUUCAAUUGUCAGCCUUCCGGAGCUAGACUCUGCCAGAUCUCGGCUGUCUUCCAACUUGUGACCCUGGUCCAUUUCAGGAAAGAGGCCUUUUUUGUAGGUGAAUCUGUUUGUUUUGGGUCAGUGCCACUGGUCUCGCUGACCAAUCGGCUGUUGCUGACGCCGCCGGUCAUUGGGCCCGGAUGUCAGCUGAGGGAGAGGCGUCUCAAUGACUUGGGACAUUGAUCGAGGAGAAGUCUAUACAAUGAAAGUAGUAUAAGGUGAGGUUGAACUGGUCUAGACUACUGUGCCAGCAACUUUAUUCUUAGUAUCACCCCUUACACUCUGCUUCCAAACACCUACUGUAUAUCGCUGUCAUUACUGUAAAGAUAUUUAGAAAAGUAUGGUUAACGUAACAUUUGCAUACUGUGUAGAAUCCAUGCAAUGCAAUCUAGCAGGAGCUGGAGUUAAACAUGAAAAUCAGGGACUUGAGGUCAAAUGACAAUUUAAACGUUGAAGUGUUUUGAGUCCAUUUUAUUUGACGUAUAAGCUGUCGUAGCAAAAUGACAUAUUGCUCUUCAUUUUGUUUCAAAUAGUAGUGGGGGGAAAAAAAAUAAUAAUAAUGUUGUAGACCGCUGGUCGAUCUUACAUCGAAGUGUAAAUACUUGAUGAAAAAGAGUACAGAGGAAUAUUCUAUUCAUUGUAUCUACCCAAACCAAAGUUGAGCUUGAACACAAAGUCUGGUUGUGUCUGUAUCAACGGAAAAAAUGAAACAUCGAAGAAAAUGCCAUUUAUUUAACUGCCUUGAUUCAAUGUUAGAAGCCAUAUAUUUGGUUUGUGCGUAUCCAUAUACGUGAGCGUACGUUUGUGUGCGUGGGUUUUUUGGUAUGUUUUGGGCUCUUGUUUUCGGAGAAUGGACUCACACUCUCUCUCUCUCUCUCUCUCUCUCACUCUGCUUCGUCAGGCCUGAUUAGUUUUGGCAUGCUGACAGCGUCACUGACCGCUUCUCGUGAAACAUCUGCCAAGUGGCCGGACGUUUGCUCAGCAUUCUGAUUGUAAGCCUGGAGGCAAAGGCGCUUAAAUAAUCUCAGCUUUAUCAAAAUGGAGACAUCGAACAACAUCACAUAUUGUAUACUUGCUUGUUUUUGUCGAGGUUUAUUGAUUAACACAUGCAAUAUAAUUCUGCAAUACUCUACCCCGCCUAUAUAUAUAUAAAUAUAUAUGAAUAUAGAUAUCUAAACAUGUUGUACAGGAAAGUGAUUUCUUAUUCUUUUGUUUUUAACGUGAACUUUUGAAGAAGCCAGCAGCUGUUGUGGCUUCACUUGAGCUAUUGUAAUCCACCUUAACCAAAAAUAUUUGAAGGGAUUGGAGGCUGUGCAGUCUUAUUUUAAGAAGAAAAAAAAAAAGAAAAACAAGAAGGAGAGGGGGGGGAAAAAAAGACUGAUUGAAGAAGCCGGUUCAGAUCAACAAAAAUCCGCUUUACAUCCCAUCGGAGCGAGUUCACGACUCCUCCAGGUAGUGGGCGACUUGGGAUAAAAGAUAAAAAUAACUCUGGUCCAAGUCGAAGUCAAUCAGUCGCCUGUGUCCCCAAACUACAAUGAAUGUCUCAACAUUUUGAGUCCAAACGACUACUGCUGUCUGAGGAGUGAGUUGAGGCUUUGGUUGUAUUCCUUCGGGAAUUAGUCACAUCCUUCUCUUACUGAAUGUAUGCCAUACGCAAAGGAAGACAGCUCAUCAGAUCGAACUGCCAUGUAAAUAAAGCGAUGAUCGUUUGAAUGGGAAUGGCAUUUUACGAUGCGAGGGGGGCCGCUGUAUGUCGUUGCCGCGUGUCUUUUUUUUUUUCGAAAACUUGAUGACGCCUCUCCAGGUUGCCGUGUUUGCGACCACCAUCACCGCAUCAAACAAUCAAUUUACUGAGGUCGAACAAAACCAUUAUUAAGCAGCUUGUGUUGCACUCCAACCUUGUAAUCCAAAUGAAAAUCAAUGCUCCUAAAAUGGUUGCGGGACUUCUCCUGGACCAAUUAUGCGGUUUGGCCGGAGCGAAGCGGAUUCAAUUCCAGUUUGCUCGGCAGAUGAUUGAGUGCGCUCCACAAACAAGGCAUCAUUUGCAACUUUUCCGUCGUUAGCCUUGACCCGAAGCCCAACUAGUAAAACUGAUGCGAUGGACUUUUCACUCAGGUUUGCUUCCUUUCUCGAGAGCGAUGUAUUGAUUGAUGCAGCCAAGUGGGCUAUUGAUUGAUAUACACUUCUUUAUUCUCCCCAUAAUCAAGGUGUUGAUCGAACUGCGCGACGUCUUUCAUUUUAACCGUUUCAUGCAUCCUGUAACCUGAUAAAAGAUGUUAAGCUGUCCGCUGUAGUAACCGCUGUCCCCGAAAGGGUUAAAUUGAUGCCACCAAGUUUUAAUCGCGUCUUCUGCGCUUGAAACAAGGUUUAGGUGACUGGUUUUUGUCUAAGGGCUUCAUCUCAUCGCUUUUUUUAAUGUCAGGCAUUGUCAUGUUGGGUUCAGUGACUCACGCGCACUUUUGUCAUAGUGGGUCACCAUGCGGUGGCCCCAUUCGUCAGCAACUUUCUGUUGCUUUUUUUUUUCCUAUGGGAAAGGGUACAGUACACUACAUGCGAAAAGGGCGUAUACGAUUGUGAAUGAAUUGAGUUUAUUUGAGUCCGUAGCUUGUCGUGUGCUUCAUUCAAUACUGUUCCAGUGCAAUCGAUUGGUCUUCUCCAUGUUCCUUUUUGUGCUAAUACCAGAGUUUGCCCUAUUAAGCUGCUAUCAGGACUGUGCUGAUAUUAUUUGAAGGGGGUUCGCAGUCAGUUAGAGCAAAGACGCUAAGAGAGCUAAAGAGCUAAUGUUUCAGGCAAUAUCAGACACUAUUCCAUUGCAUCCGCCCAGUCUUGAGUAUGUCAGUCACUCUGCACGGAAAGGAUGACAUCCCAGAACCAGAACCCUUGACCGUCACGGCCAAGCACAUACAUGCUUUGCAUGUGAUAGCGUCCUAUAGAUGCCCCCCCCCCCCCACCCGUACCCGGUCGGGGUUUCUGAGUGCUGCUUCUGGACCUAUCUGUCAGGUGGGACGAGAACCUCUCAUAUAUGUUUGACACUGACUGACAAUUAUUGAGAGUAUGAAAGACUCAAACCUCUCAUUUGUUGCUGUACCAGAUAUAAAGGGUACCGAAUGCCUUGGUGUUGAAAUGUGAGCAAAAUCAGGGUCUUCGUUUUCUUUAUAUAUAUAUAGAUAGAUAUAUAGAUAUAUAGAUAUAGGUAUAUGUGUCUUCUAAUUUGUCCGUAUCGUUUUUUUUGGUCCUUGUUUUUACAAUGUGCCCCAUGCACAUGGACUGUAUAUACCUUGUGCCUAGUAUAUCUAGUUUCCACAUAGUCUAUUUUUGUGGUAUUUAUGUGCCUGUAAAAAUGCUAAUUUGUGUUUUUUAUUUUUAACUUGCAAUAUGUGUUUUAAAAAAAAAAACAUUAGCCGAAGACUAGUAUUGCUAACCUAAAAAUGACAAUGUCAGUAUUUAUAAUUUUCCCUGAUUUGGGAAAUCACAAUCUUGCACAUUUUUGUUGGUUUGAGCCUUCCAACACCAUGCGCGCUGUACUCCGUCAUUUCAUAUUCUGUAUAUAUGGUGUACACAGCGAUGUGGGGCACAUUGUUGUGUUUUUACCGCAACCUGAUGUACAAAUACUGUUUUAUACAGUGAGAGGCUUUGCUCUCACAGGCUUCUGGUGGAUAUCAACAGUCUAAACGUUAGCUUGGAUGACCAAAUUGCUAUGAAAAUAAUACAAGUGGGGAUGCCUGCAGACUAAAGAUAAAGUAGGCACACGCUGGAAAAUUGCUGCACGUUUUUUUCUUUUUCUUUCUCUCUUUCUUUCUUUUUUUUUUACUUAAAACACCAACGUUGGUUGCACCCUGAUCACAAAAAGAGACGUCACAAACCUGUUCCCUGAUUGGGUUACUUUGACACACAAUAGCUGAGCGCAUGCUGUUAUUUAUCUAGCUUCACAUGAUUCUAAGUGGGACCUUCAAAUUCUAGACAUUGUCGUGUACCACCAACCGCUGUACAAUGACUUCAUUUCGCAGUUCAAACUCUUGUGUCGUAGCUACUGUAGCCCGCUUAGCUGACCUAACUAAGCCUUCUGUCUGCUUCAGGACUCACUGUAUCGUGUGCUUGAAGUUAUUGCGUAUGUGUGCGUGUAUGUUCCUGUGCCUUUCCUUCGAUAAUGUCGGUCCCACUUGAGAAUACGAUUCUAUUUAGAGAAGGCUUGAAAUACACACGAGCAAAAAAGCCGGGGCAGUUUUACACAAUCACGACUCGAUUAUACGGAAGAACAAAACUGUGUAAAUCUCCUGCAGAUGACUUGAGCACAUGCAAGUAGCAUUCCAUAGUCUUGGCUCUGCAACCAGAGAUACUUUACCAGCAACAUGUAGAAAACAGCACAGACUAUGUGAUGCAGGAAAAGUGUUGUCGCUCUUUGCUGGGUGGCUCAGGGGGGAGGGAGGGGCCGCAGUUUGCAACCAUCUUCUGGUGUGUGCGGGUGUGUCUAAGUUAAUGUCGACAAACAAUCCAGGCUCAAAGCUGCUCUCAGUGUGGCCCGAGUUGAGCUUGCAUCCAAAACGGCUGUCAUGUCCACCACCUCUGCUAUAGCCGACAACAUGGAGCCACACCCUGGUCUCUCUCAAUAAGCUGGUCUGUCAGUCAGUGGCAAUGUUGUUUUAGGCGUUCGUAAAAAGACGAUUACAUUGUUGUGCAAUAAAAAGAUGAGCGCAUUGGCAUAAUGA